CUAUGGUAGAAGUUCAGCUAGACGCAGAACAUGACUACCCUCAAGGUCUCUUGAUAGCCUUCAGUGCCUGUACUACUGUCCUUGUUGCAGUUCACCUUUUUGCACUCAUGAUAAGUACCUGCAUUCUUCCAAAUAUAGAGGCUGUUAGCAAUGUGCAUAAUCUCAACUCUGUAAAGGAAUCUCCUCAUGAGCGUAUGCAUCGGCACAUUGAGCUUGCGUGGGCAUUUUCUACUGUCAUUGGGACUUUGCUCUUUCUUGCAGAGGUGGUGCUACUGUGUUGGGUGAAGUUUCUUCCUUUAAAGAAGAAAACUGAUAAUCCACUCCAGAGCAACAGUUCUACCAUCACAUCAGGACAGGCAGCAGCCAUUGCAUCAACAUCUAUUAUGGUUCCCUUCGGAUUGAUUUUCAUUGUGUUUGCAGUCCACUUCUACAGGUCGCUGGUGAGCCAUAAAACAGACAGGCAAUUUCAAGAACUGAAUGAACUUGCUGAAUUUGCACGACUCCAGGAUCAGCUGGAUCACAGAGGUGAUACUGUCUCCUCAGCUGUUACCCAUUUUGCAUAAACCUGUACUUAAAGAAAAUAAACCCACUCUUCUGCUUCUGCCUUGUUACGUUGACUCCCCAGCGGAUCAACUGGUCGAACUGUUGAUUACCGUUUAAAAAGAGAUUAUAAAUGUUGUUCUAACCCUUUAGAGAGAAAAAAAAUGUUGUUCCUUUCAUAAAAUUGUGGCUAUCUGACAUCUGAAGGAAUGGAUGGUGGGGUAUGCUUGCACUGCACGUGCAUCCUUCCUCUUGUGAGCACUGUCUAGAUUUCUUCUUGUUAAUGCUGAAUGGUGGCUGUAUAAAUACAUGGAAAAUAACAUUGUAAAUUUGGGUAUUUGUUAGGGAUGGAUAGAGAAGCUUUUUUUCUUCCCUCUGUUUAUUUGAUGUUGGCAUUUACUAGAAGAUACUGCUUGUCCGAUCCAUAUUGCAUGGCAUGAUACAAAUUACUUGGGAUAUGCAGCAAUUAGCACUUGGUUUCAGUGCUAGCGCUGUUCUCUCUAGAAAGCCUGACAGAUGGUAGAAGUGAAAGCUUUCCCACCACUUUCCCCGGUAUGUUUUGCUGCCAAGUAAUUAUUACUUUACUGAUUUCUCCAGCGCCUUUUUCCUCGUGGCAGUUACACAUUGUAUAACUCGCUAAACACCCUUGACUAGUCUUACUGCGAUGUGGUAUGGCCACAUGAGUAGGAAUGAGACUCUACUCUACUCUUCUUUGGAAGAAAAUAAAAGCAAUAACUGUUUUAAAGUUCUCACGAGCCAGCACAUACUAUCUGGAGAGAUAGAUUUGCCUGUUUCCCAUUUAGGAAUCUUUUCUGAAGAAGAAGGAACUAGAUGGAAAUUAUCACUGGAUAAUUUUUUUGCUUGAAAAUCAGAACCACUGCUGUGUUUUUUUCCAAGCCAAAGUAGUAAUUAUUUUGUACUUUUAUAUUAAAAAUAGAUAUUUAAUAAAUCCUCAGAUGCAAGCAGCAAAAGUUGCUUUCUCUGCUUUGGAUUCCCAAGUAAUUAGCUAUGCCUUGGUCUUCCUUGUUUAGAAAAAGUCUUCUCCUUGCUGAAGUGUUGUAUUUAAUAAUUUGUUACGCAUUUUUUGCUUCCAAAGGAUCUGGAAGACUACUUUUCUCUAUGUAGAUUUAUUUAUGAAAGUAGGUUAUUUGUAAUUAAUAUUGCUGCUUACUUUCAGACCCACAAGUCUGUGACAGCGAGGCUACUGUGUUGGUUUUUUAUUUCCUCUUUAAGCAAAAACUUCCAUUUGGUCUCUUAUCUAAAGAGGUUUGUCCAAGAAAGAUUGCAGCAGCUGUCCUGGGCUGCUUCAGUAAUUCUAGCUAUGUCUAGAAGUGGAAUUCUUUGGAUGCAGUUCUUCUGUGGAGCAGCUUUGGGCUUUAAUGGGUAAAAGCUGGUUUUUUUUAACACAAACUGAGACAGGUUUCAAGUUCAGUGGAACAAAACUUGACCUCCCUAACGUAGCUAACACUGUGGAAUAGAAACUUGGGAUUUAGAAAUUAGACAGGCGUGAACGUGACGGUACAGUGGAGCUGUACCUGACUGAGCCUGGGCUGAACAUGGUCUCUUACACCCAACCUCCAUCUCAGGUUAUCCCGGCAUAUUCACAAACUGUAGUAGGUGUCUACAGGGUUAGGGUGGCAGAGUGUGUUUACUACUGAAGCAGCCUCGUGAAGCGAAUGGGACUGAUUUCUCAUGUCAGCACCACCGCAGUGGAAAGUGUUGACAAGGUUACCCGUGGUGCAUUUGUAUUCUGAAAAAUAACUGUAAAAAAACUGCUGGGCUUUCUUUUCGGCAGCAUUCUUGGUUCACAAGCAGGAAACAGCUUUCCACUUGCCGUUUUCACCAGUCCUUCUGGCAUACAGAGGCCAAACUGGAUUUUCUCUAGCUCUGCCAUUACGUUAUGCUUCAAAUAUAUUCUGUUACCGAUGUAAAUCUGCUGAAGGUGAGAGUUGUGACUACAGUCCCACAGGUGUUCAUUCAUGGAGCACUGGAAGGAUUGUGUUAGUAAAGGCAUUAAUGAAGCAGCAUUCCAAAACACGAAAUCUUGGUAGUAGGCACAAAAUUUAUUUUCCCAUCUUUUACUGGAAUACUAGUCCUUUCUUGGGUAAAAAGACUCUUAAAACCCCUCAGUAGAGGAAGAAAACCUGACUCAAUAUUCACACUAGAGCAAAUGGUUGAUAGGGUGCUGUCAGGCUUAAAAACUACGCUUCUGUCCAUAAAUGGUGUAUUUAAAAGUUACAAUGUUAUUUUGAACGGAAGUCCAGAAAAUAUAUUUUCCAAGUUUAUUUUGUAAAAUUACUUGCUGUCCUGGAUAAGUAGCCGAAUUUAUCUUUAUUUUGUGGCUCUUUUACAACGUGACACAGAAGUGUGGGGUUUUUUGUUUUGUUUAAGAAAUACAGAAUUAGAAGCUAGUGGGACAACCUUAUUUUUAACUUUCUCAAGCUAGUAGGUUCUGAGCUAAUGGCGCUGUUAUUACAGCUGUUUUUCUGAAUAUUUUCUGCACUUUAAGCCAUGAUAUCGAGUAUGUUUCUCUCAUUUUCCAGCUGUGGAAAAGGUCAUGGAAGUUACACCUCGGGCACAGUCUCCUAACUGUGUGCCAGAGGCAGUAACCAGACCCAGACACAUGGUUCUAAACAUUAAGAGUGCACUUAGAAUUUGGUUUUUAUCCCUUAUUUAUACUAAUGGUAUUAUGCAUUUACCUCAAGCAUUUUAAACAUUCGUUAUUGUGUAUCACUUAUUUAGAUAUAAAAUACUUUAAUGAAAUAAAAUAUACUCAAUUG